UGAGGAAUAGAAUGCUUCACAAAUGCACACUUAAGUCGCGGUAAGUUCGUCGGAGCAUCGUGCGCUCAGAGCCAUGCAGGCGCUCGACCAGCCGACGAUGGCGUCGGAGCUGAGGGCGCUGGUGUGGACGGCGUUGAUCGUCCCGGCGAGCGCGUGGUACGCGCGCUCGGCCUGCCGCCGCCUCCGGCCGGGCUUUCCGCGGCUCGCCGCGCUCCUCCCGACGUUCCCCGUCUUCGUCUACCUCCCGUGCCUGUUCAACUCCCUCCACCUCCGCCUCUUCAGCAGCUUCUUCCACACCUGGCUCACCGUCAACAAGCUCGUCCUUCUCGCGCUCGGCACCGGCCCACUACACCCCUCCCUUCCCCUCGUCCCAUUCGUCCUCUGCGCUGGCCUCCCCAUCAAGCUCAGACUCGGCCAGCAGCACGCCGCCAAACGUGAUUCGUCGCCGCCGCAACCUCCACCGCCCUUCGCCGACUUGCUCCUCCCUUGCGCCCGUAGCUUUCUCUUCAUGAUCUGCCUCGCGGUGGCGUACCCGCACACGGGCUGGCUACCCGUGUACUGCGUCCACUUCCUCUACUGCAUCCACAUCUUCCUCACGCUCGACCUCGUCCUCUCCUCCAUCGCGCUCGCCUCCGCGACCGUGCUGGGCACGGGCCUGGAGAGGCAGUUCAGCACGCCGCUCGCCGUCGCGUCGGUGAACGACUUCUGGGGCCGGCAGUGGAACCUGAUGGCGGUGGACCUCCUCCGCGCGUCGGCGUACGAGCCGGUGCGCGCCCGGUGGGGCCGCGACGCCGGCGUGCUGGCGGCUUUCCUCAUGUCGGGCCUACUCCACGAGCUCCUCUACUGGUACCUGACGCUGCGGCGGCCCAUGGGGGAGAUGCUGCUCUUCUUCAUGCUCCACGGCGUGUCCCAGAUUGCCGAGCGCUGGGCCAGGGCCGCGGGGCUCUGGCGGCCGCCCAAGGUGGCGGCCUACCUCCUCGUCAGCGUCUUCAUGGUGGUCACCAUAUCGGAGCUCUUCUUCGGGCCGUUCAUGAGGGCCGGAGCCGACGUGCGUCUGAUGGAGGAGUCCGGGGCGAUGCUGCAGCUGAUCAGGGUAGUCUCCAGGCGUCUGCUGCGGUCGUUUGGGGUGGUUUAGCCAUCUGGGGACUGGGGUGCACAAUGACGAACGGUUCGUUCGAUCAGUUCAGCACCAUAGGUGUUGUCAUGUGAAACAUAAUAAGAACAAACUUGUUCAAAACGGGAGAUGUGAAUAGUGCAGAUGUACUAUUUACACUUAACCAGUGCACCCUAGUAGUCCAAACAAGUAAGGAAAAUAUUCCUACCACCUAAACUUCAAAUAAAAUUUUUCUUUCAAAUUAAUUA